GUUUUUUAGAAAUAAUAAUCAUAAUUGCCUUAUCAUUUGAUUAAAACGCGAGAAAAACAUCUUUUAAUUAUUAAAAAAAAGUUGUGUUUUAGUGCUUUUCUUAGUUUAGAAAAAUUUGCCACAAUGAAAUUGCUACUAGUCAUUGCUGCCGUAUGUUUGUCCUAUGUUUAUGCUCGACCACAACCACAAAAGGAUGAAGAAGUUGCUAUCAUUAGUCAAUCAUCAAAUCAAGACCCAGAUGGUGGAUACCAAUGGAGUUAUGAAGCAGCUAAUGGUAUUAAAGCGCAAGAAGUUGGAACAAUAAAAAAGGCAACUGGCCCAGACACAUCUGAUGUGAUUAUUACCUCUGGUUCGGCAUCAUGGACAGCACCUGACGGAACCGUUAUUAACUUAUCAUACACUGCCGAUGACGAAAGGGGCUUUGUACCAGUUGGUGAUCAUUUACCAACACCUCCUCCAGUUCCAGAAGCAAUCGCCAAAGCUGUGGAAUACUUAUUAUCAUUACCAUCAACCACAGAAGCUCCACGUGCCGGCAAAAAAUAGUCAAAUAAAUUAAAAAGAUAUGAUAAUUUUAUUAAAAAUUAGUUAUUACUUAAGAAUGUUGAGAUGAUCUCUUAAAUGAGGAGAAAAAUUAUAAACAAAUUGUUUUUUCAAAAA